GAUUCUGCACUGCUGAAGUUCUGUUUCUGUCCUCUGUAUAUGAAAUAUUCCACGCCGUUAAGUUCAUGCCAUGUCUCGGCUACACACGUCGCGAAUAGGAAGGAUGUGAUGACGUAAAGAAGUUUCAUAAUGACGUAGUAAUGACGUGAUGAUGACGUCAUAUGCCUAGAAGUGAAGCAGACAACAUACCAAGCCGUGGGAAACGCGGAAGCAGUGACGUCUUUUCUCAUCCAAGCGAAACGAUACGUGUUCGGCUUUCUCAAAUUGGCAUUCACUUAACAAACUUCGUGAGCUACAGAGUUAGUUUGUGUUGAGAUAGCAAGACAAAUUUAAAGAAAAUGGCAUUAGCAGCAGCAAGUGGAACUACAGUUGGUGGUGGUCGAUCUCCUGGUAGAUCUGGACCAAGAGCGGGCACUGGAGCCACAGUGAGGCAACGAAAAGCGACACCAACCACGAGGGCAAAGAGCACCCCCGGUGGUGGUAGUGGUGCAGGAAGUACUAUGUGGAGAUUCUACAGCGAGGACUCACCUGGGCUUAAAGUAGGUCCAGUUCCAGUACUUGUGAUGAGCCUUCUUUUUAUCGCAUCUGUCUUUAUGCUUCAUAUUUGGGGAAAAUACACCAAGGCCAUGUAAAGCAACCAUGCAGUGCAAUCUGAUGUUUUUAUUUUGCGAUAUUUGCUACUAUUUGCAUUCACUAAUGCUAUUGGACCAGUUUCAUACUUAUCAUUGCCUUAUUGAUGCAAAUAAUGUCUUGGUUAUAAGAAAAUAAAAUAGUUAAUGGUGUUUGUUGUUGGAAAGAUCAAGAUUUUGUUAAAACUUUGAUUUUUAAUUUUUUUCCGAGGGUGUCAAUAAAAGACAAAUGUUGAGUUUAAUUGUAUAAUAAAAUGUAGGUUGUUUUGUUGUGAAAAUACAAUUUUCCAA